AUGGCUUUCUUGACCAACAACAUCUGGCCCAAAGAUGGCAGGAACAGAUCGCAUAUCCCCGCCAUGCCUGUGUGGAUCGCAGGCGUCAGAAUUCUCCAGCUUGUUCUCGCCAUUGCCACGUUGGGAAUCACCGUCUAUGGCCUCACCACCAUGCAAAAGGCGACGGGAUAUCGCAGGAUAACCUCGUUUAGUGGUACAGAGGGUUUCCCCUUUUCGUGGUUUGCGUUCGCCUGGACCUUCUCUUACCUGACAUGGCUGGGCGUCGCCGUCGUCUUCAUCCCCGUCAUGUACAACUGUUGGGUGCAUCUCGGCCUCGAGUUGCUCACCGUCGUGUUUUGGUUGAUUACCAUGGCCCUCCUGGCCAGCCAUGCCGACGAUCUCGACUCCCUCGACGCAUUCGUUGUGACGCUGGGCCCAAAGUACGAGGUCUACUACAAAAUGAACGUGGAGCCCUUUGCCGACGGCUUUGUGGCCGCCACCUUUGCCGGCACUGCCACGUCCGUCGUCAAUCUCGUGCUCUUCGUCAUCACCAUCAGCCUAUUCGGCCGCGCCCUUCACGCCAUGCGCAUGGCAAACCUCGAAAAGGCACUCAGCACGACCGACUCGCAAAAGACGAUACCGGCCGAGGGAGACAAGAUGGUCGCCUCGCCGCACAUGACCUCGGCCGUUCCCACCUAUAUCCAUUGGAACAGCCAAUAUCCUCCGCCCCAUCACGGCCAGACCUUUCACUUCUAUGGCCAGCCGUACCCGCAGUCGCCACACUCGCAGACCAACACCUCGCCGCCGACGUCCGUUCCUCCCCACGGGUUCCAGCCGGCCUACUUCCCCAGUAGCCAAUGGCCGCCCCAGCCGCCCCCUCAACAACAGCCCCCUCCCGAAGGCGGUGUGUGGCCGGCUCAGAAUUACGCCAUGUACCAACAACAGGUCCCCAUUGCGCCGCAGCACACCGGCCAGUCUGGCAGCGACAUGGGCUCGCCACAGUUCCCCAUGGUGAACCCCGUGGCACCUACAAAGUCGGACCUCCCCGGUGUCUAUUCGACACCCCCUCCAGGGGCCGCAUAUUCAGGACGCCCUCCACCACAAGCGACUGCGCACGGCACAGAACAGUCACCGGCUGAGCUCAACGAUGGACGCGGCGACGAGAACAUGCCAGCAGAGCUGCCAAACAACCCCCCUCGGUCACCCCGGUGA